UGUGUGUAUGGCUACAGCAACAGAACAACAUAACGUUAGAUGUCUGUGGGCUACAAACUGCAGUCCACCGUCACAACUCAGUUUUCCCGUGAAGCCAGGCGAAGAUGGCGGUCAAUGAGACAGCUGCACAGCUCUCCAUGGCCCUGAAGGUUCAAGAAUAUCCGACUUUAAAGGUACCGUAUGAGACUUUGAAUAAGCGUUUCCGAGCGGCGCAGAAACACAUCGACCGGGAGACCAGCCACGUGACCAUGGUGGUCGCUGAACUGGAGAAGACUCUGAGCAACUUCCCUGUCGUCGACUCCGUGGUGUCACUCCUCGACGGCGUGGUGGAGAAGCUGAGCGCGCUCAAACGGAAGGCUGCGGAGUCCAUCCAAGCGGAGGAUGAGAGCGCUAAGCUAUGUAAGCGGCGGAUCGAGCACCUGAAGGAGCACAGCACUGACCAGACCGCCGGAGUUAACGUGUGGAAGAAGAAGAGGAUGGACCGUAUGAUGGUGGAGCACCUGCUGCGCUGCGGCUACUACAACACGGCUGUGAAGCUCGCCCGCCAAAGUGGCAUUGAGGACCUGGUGAACAUUGAGAUGUUCCUCACAGCGAAGGAAGUGGAGGAGUCUCUGGAACGACAGGAGACUGGCACUUGUUUGGCCUGGUGUCAUGACAACAAGUCACGGCUUCGCAAAAUGAAAAGCUGUUUGGAGUUCAGCUUGAGGAUUCAGGAGUUCAUCGAACUCAUCCGACAAAACAAACGCAUGGAUGCCGUCCGACACGCACGGAAGCAUUUCAGCCAGGCCGAAGGCGGGCAGUUGGAUGAAGUACGGCAGGUGAUGGGCAUGCUGGCCUUUCCCUCAGACACACACAUCUCCCCCUACAAGGACCUGCUGGAUCCGGCUCGCUGGAAGAUGCUAAUCCAGCAGUUCCGAUACGAUAACUACAGGUUACACCAGCUGGGCAACAACUCUGUGUUCACCAUCACACUCCAGGCUGGGCUCUCUGCCAUCAAAACCCCGCAGUGCUACAAGGAAGACGGAUCCUCCAAGAACCCUGACUGCCCCGUGUGCAGCAAGAGUCUAAACAAGCUGGCGCAGCCCCUGCCCAUGGCCCACUGCGCCAACUCACGUCUGGUCUGCAAGAUCUCCGGCGAGGUCAUGAACGAGAACAACCCACCGAUGAUGCUGCCCAACGGCUACGUUUAUGGAUACAAUUCUCUUCUCUCCAUUCGCCAAGACGACAAGGUGGUUUGCCCCCGCACCAAAGAAGUCUUCAACUUCUCUCAAGCGGAGAAGGUGUAUAUUAUGUAGUGGGAUUGACGUGGGUGUGUGUGUGUGACACGGAGGAACAUCUGCUACAAUCCCAGUCAAAGGGCUUCAACAGGAACCCACACUCCGUUUGUGACGGACCCCAACCCAAGCAACUGUGUGCUCCCAGGCCCUGCUGAUCCCCUGGCUGGUGGUGAUGCGAGAAGAGGACGUGUGAUGGCUUAGUGGUGGAACGGACAGCAGUUUUGGUUUAAAGACUUGUUCCUGAAAUAAUCUUGCAUUAAUUUCUUAAGUGUGGUGUAGAAAAAACAGGGAUUCCAAUCAGAACAAGCUGUUAGAUUAUUUUUGAUUUUAGUAGGACCCAUAUUCAGUACUGAACAGUGACACCGCAGGAGUCACUAUAUGAUGUGUACCGAACAACCCAAUGUUUGGUGCCUUGCGUUUCACACCCCUGUGUGAAAUCUGUGAACAUAAAUCUGUUGGAUUUCUUUAGUAUUUAAACAAAAAGACGAUGUGACUACCAUUUGGGUUCUCGUGGUUUUCUAUGCCAUUCUUCUGUCAGACAGCACAACUGCUAAAACAUGGCUGUUAAAAAAGAGAACUACAAAACAUAGAAAUGGCUGUUAAGAAAGAGAACUACAAAAAUGGCUGUUAAGAAAGAGAACUACAAAACAUAGAACAUCUUAAUUGGUGGACCGGUUCUGCAGGACUGCGGGGGAAGUGAACAUAUCUGUUAAUGGCCGACUAAACUAGCGUUUGUGUAUUAUUAUGUUGUUCACCACGUGUAGGACUUCUUUCUCUACCCAGGUCUCAGGGUAGUCACAUUUUAUACACAUUGAAUUUCACUUCUUAUAAAUGACCCCCAGAAAGUCUUGUGAUGUUGGGUUUGUGUUUUAUUUUGGGGGGUUUCCGUAUUUAAACUAAUUAAACUAAUUCGUAAACA